ACCCUGUCUCGAAAAACAAACAAAACAGUUGUGUACUGUUGUGACUGAUUAGUGCUUCCCUUAACCUUGGGUACCAGAACCGGCAGCUCCCAGGAUCGAACCCAAGGCACGCAAACCAGGAAAGAGCUGUACCAGCUUGUCGUACCACCGUACACUCCCAGCCCCAUGAUUGGAGCUUUUCCUCCGAUUCUCUCUGCAGGGCUUUUGGGGGGACUCCAGCUUCGGAUUUCCAGGUCGAAGCAGACAGCCUGUUUAGGAGUUUAUCUUUCCUCUCGCGUUACCCUCAGCAAAAUCACCAGCUGCUUCUUCCAGGCUUGUAGAAAAUCCCACCUCAAAAAACAAAACGCAACCGUUGGCCCCGCCCCAUACUCCUCCCCGAACCCGCCCAGUCGCUUCUGCCUAUUAAUACGGCUCUAAUGGGCGGGGCCCUCUGCAUAAGGACGUGAGAAGGAGCACGAUGGCGGCGGCAGGGUCGGAGCAUCUACGUGUGGGCUUCGUGGGCGCAGGUCGCAUGGCGGAGGCCAUCGCCCAAGGCCUCAUUCGAGCAGGCAAAGUGGAAGCCAAGCAAGUGCUGGCCAGUGCACCAACAGACAGGAACCUCUGUCACUUCAGGGCUCUGGGUUGUCAGACUACUCACUCCAACCAGGAAGUACUACAGAACUGCUCACUUAUCAUCUUUGCCACCAAGCCUCAAGUCCUGCCAGAGGUUCUGGCAGAAGUGGCCUCUGAGGUCACCACUGAGCACAUCGUGGUAUCUGUGGCUGCUGGGGUCUCUCUGAGUUCUCUGGAGGAGCUGCUGCCCCCGAGAACACGAGUGUUUCGAGUCUCUCCCAAUCUACCUUGCAUAGUUCAGGAGGGGGCCAUGGUGAUGGCCCGGGGCCACCAUGCUGGGAAUGAUGAUGCUGAGCUCCUACAGAACUUGCUGGAAUCCUGUGGACAAUGUAUAGAGGUUCCUGAGUCCUACGUAGAUAUCCACACUGGCCUCAGUGGCAGUGGUGUGGCCUUUGUGUGCACAUUCUCAGAGGCCCUGGCCGAGGGGGCCAUCAAGAUGGGCAUGCCCAGUGGCCUGGCGCACCGCAUUGCUGCCCAGACCCUGCUGGGGACUGCCAAGAUGCUGCAGCAGGAAGGGAAGCACCCAGCCCAGCUGCGGACAGAUGUGCUCACACCAGCUGGAACCACCAUCCAUGGGCUUCACGCCCUAGAGCAGGGCGGUCUUCGUGCGGCUACCAUGAGUGCGGUGGAAGCGGCUACCUGCCGGGCUAAGGAACUCAGCAGGAAGUAGGCCGGACGCCAGCCUCCGAGUGGGUGUCCUCCAAGCAUCACGGUCAUCGUCUUCAUCAGGGAAGUGGUGACGACUUCUAAGAGACCCUCACGACUGGCUCUGUUGCCUGUGACAUUCAGUGAAGGAGGCAGGGGACGGCGAGUCAUUUGGCCCUCAUCUGUGACUCCAGCUCCUCCCUUCUUCACCUCAGCCAGAUGUAGUCGUGUUCCAAUUGCACACUGCCUCAUGGUCUCAGGAGGUGGUAGGAUUAGCUGAAGCAGGAGAGGUUUCCAUCUUUGCAGGUAUGGGGGACAUCAUCCGUGCUGGCAUGAGACGUUUUCACGAUGUGGCUGCUUUGGGGUCACCCACACUCCUGUAAGCAACACCCCACCCAUGCUCUGUAAGCCCAAUAAACUCAUUGGUUCCCCAA